UUCAAACCAUUUUCUUCACCCAAAGAAAAAUGCAAAAAGAAAAUAGAAAAGCCAUUUCGAUCUCUUUUCAUUUCCCUCUAAUAUUUCCCAUUUUCUAAUCUUUGGAGGGAAAGAAGAGGUUUUAAUUUCCUCUUGAAAAAUUCUCCAUUUUGAACUGAGCUUACAAAACUCUCUUUUCAGCUAAUUGCUUUCAGCAGCUCACUUUCCUGAUCUUGCAGAUUUUGAAUUCGAGCUGGGACAGUCUUCCUUAAAUGAGCAAUGCAGACCAAGAAAAGAACAACCGGUAGAAAUUCUCGAGAGGUUGCCAGCCCUAGGGUUCCAAGACAGCAGAGAAAAUUGGCCGAGAAUGUGCAGGUUCAGGGAAAGAAAGUUGCUGAGAUAAUUACAUCAUCUGCUAGAAAGAAAAAAGUUGUUAGCACAAAAUCGAAGGUGGUUGAGGAAUCUGAUGGUGGAACAAAUUUGGAUACCAAGUUCAGAUUGGUAGAUGCAGAUGACUCCAACGUAUGUUUGGAUCAUCAAGCUGAACAUGAAUCUCAUGAUUCUUCUUUAAAUAAGAGUCAUGAGAAUGGAGCUGCUAAUUACAGUGCGGACACCAUAUUCUCUCCUUCCUUUCACCUUGCUAGAAGCGAUGCCGAUGAUAUUUCAAGUGAAGCAGACUUCUAUAAUUACUUCCGGAAUGGGAACCAGGACUGUGGGAAGGAGAACAUCCAGAUUGAUUGCCCAGGUGGUGUCACUCUUUCACCUGAAGUUUCAGCUAUUUAUCUCUCCAUGAAAAAUUCAAACCUGGAAUGCAUUGAUGAGAACAAUCAGGACCACAUGUCAGCUGAUGUACGUCAGGAGGAUGAAGAUGCUGAUGACUAUGAUGAUUUUGACCCAUACUUUUUCAUAAAGAAUUUACCCGACCUCUCUUCGGUGGUCCCAAUGUUUCGCCCUCUGCUAUUGCCUAAACAAACAAGAAGCUGCCCUUCAACAUCACUUGUUCUGGACUUGGAUGAGACUUUGGUGCACUCCACGCUCGAAGCAUGUGAUGAUGCAGAUUUCACAUUCUCUGUUAAUUUCAACCUGAAGGAGCACACAGUAUAUGUGCGAUGCCGUCCUCAUCUUAGAGAAUUCCUGGAGAGAGUAUCUAGGAUUUUCGAGAUAAUUAUAUUUACCGCCAGCCAAAGCAUCUACGCUGAGCAGCUUUUAAAUGUCUUGGACCCUAAGAGGAAAAUCUUUCGCCAUCGUGUUUAUCGCGAUUCCUGUCUUUUUGUGGACGGAAAUUAUCUAAAAGACCUGUCAGUUCUCGGCCGUGACUUGUCUCGUGUCAUCAUAAUCGACAAUUCUCCCCAGGCUUUUGGUUUCCAAGUUGACAACGGAAUCCCCAUCGAAAGCUGGUUUGACGAUCGUUCUGAUUCAGAAUUGUUAUUGCUGCUCCCGUUCUUGGAAAGCUUAGUCGGAGCUCAAGAUGUACGGCCCCUGAUCGCCCAGAAAUUCAAUCUCCGAGAGAAAGUAGCCGCGGCAGUCUCCCCUUUAGAGCACAAUGGAGGAGACCCGUUCGAGAGAUGAAUGUUGCGUUUUUUUCUAGUUGCUUCUGCUUUGUCUCGUCGAAGCAGUAGAAGUGAUAAAAUAACUACACAGAGGUAAAAGCAGUGUGAUCUCAAGGGGUUUCAGGACUGCAGAAGUGAACCGGAAAUAAUAAUUUAAGUUUAUACAAGUUACAUUUUAAAUGGAUGAUUUAUUCACUUGAAUUGGCCUUUCUUGGUCUCUUGAUUUCAUUUCUUAUAUGUUUGUGUUUUGUGGCA